AAAACAAUUGAUCCCAUAAGCUCUUCACAACAAAUAUAAUGGCUGAUUCUUCUGCUGCUUACAUUCAUAUGGUGCAACGCUUGAUUGAAAUGUGUUUGAUCUUCCGUAUGAAUAAAGAAGAGUGCAUGGAAGCUGUUUCUAAACACGCCAAUAUCAACCCCGUAAUCACCUCUACUGUGUGGAAGGAAUUAGAGAAAGAAAAUAGAGAGUUCUUUGAAGCUUAUUCGGAGUCUCGAACCAUAGACGAUAGAAUAUUAGUUGAAGAAGAGACAAGACGGUUGAUCCAAAGGAUGAUGUCCAAACAAGAUACCGAUGACUAGCAAUUUCUAUAUGCAUGCAUGCACGGAUUACCUAGAUGGCAUAAGUAGACUUACAUUGUUCAUAUCCAAUUGAAAUAUGCCACGUGGCCCUCUGGUAAAAAAAUAAGGGCUGUUAUGUAGUUACUCAUGAUAUAUAUUUACCAUGAAUUAUUUUUUAUUUUCUUGGGUAAAUUUUGCAAGGUAACUGAGAUGGUGACAUAAGACUCUUCUUCUAUCGUC